AUGAGGCUUUGGCCUGCCCUCCGGUACACCUUGGUGGCCCUCGUCUUGAGCCCCGUAGUCUCCUGCUACGGCGCACAAGUCGCGUGGUCCUCCAACACAACGACAACCUCAAAGACACUGAUCACCGCGCUCAGCGACGACCCGGACUAUGAGUCACUGUUGAAGCUCAUCAUGCGGGCACGUCUCGUCCCGACUCUCAAUCGUCUCAACGGAAGCACGUUAUUUGCACCGACAAAUGACGCCAUUAAGAAACAUAAAGGAUGGCGCUCUAUAUUGCGAGACGACGCUACCGACCUCAAGGACAAUGUGCAGGAGCAGCUUCGACAACAGCUGUGGUAUCACUUGCUCAAUUAUUCAAUAACUGAUCUUCCAAACAACGAACCCAACCCACAAGUGCACAAGACGCUUCACUUUCCCCACACACUCGUAGACCCACCUUCGAAAGAACCACCUCCGUAUCCCCCUUGGAUGCCGAUACCAGGGGGCACCCUGGGCGGCGAACCACAACGACUCCGGGUAGCAGCCCGGGAAGGGCGCGCUUUCGUCGGGGUUGAUGCAUUUGGCACCGGAGGGGCAGAGAUAACCAAGGGAAAAGUAGAUGCUGGCAACGGGGUCUUGCUUGGUAUAGCGGACGUAUUAGAACCGCCGUCUGAUCUCGCACAUGUUGUCUCGCAGCACGCUUCUGUCUCCUACUUUCACAAAGUCCUCACGCCUGAAAUCAUCCACCUGCUAAACACCACUUCUGAACUUACUCUGUUCCUGCCUGUCGACAAGGCUUGGGACGUGUUGGACGACUACGAACGUAUUUACCUAGAAAGCCAGUUCGCGACGGAUGAUCUCAAGCUGAUAUUAAACGAGCACGCUGUAGUACAAAAGCACAUCGCCUGGUCAGAAUCUUUCGAACCUGCUCUAAAUCUCACCACCCUCAGCGGCUCUCAGCUCGAGGUCGUCGUUUCUCCAGACAAGACAAUGGUAUCAUCAGCACAACUUAUUCAGCCAGAUAUUUAUGCCUCCAAUGGUGUUCUUCACCUCGUGGACUCGUUGCUCAUACCUCCAGGCACGCUCAAAGUGACACCGGAGAAGUCGUUACUAGCCCUCAACUGCACCACCUUCGUUUCCCUCAUCCAUUCCGUCAAUUUGACCCACUUGAUCAACUCGACGGAUUCCAAAUACACGGUACUGGCCCUCAGUGACGAUACUAUCUCCUUGUUAGGUGACGAGGACCUACCAGAAAGAGGCUCGGAGGAUUUGAAGAAGCUGCUUCAAUAUCAUUUCAUUCCUGGGAAGUGGACACAGAAGAAGCUGAAGGCAGGAAUGCUCUUGGAGACAAGUUUGGAAGAGAAAGCGUUAGAUGGGGGCAGACAAGUUAUGGAAGUGCAGAUUAGUGGAAGUGACAAAGGCAAGGCCUUAGUGGACCCAUCCAUCAGCUUCGGCGGCGCGGGGGUCAGUGCCGAACACGAUGCCAACAGUACCUACAUUUACUUUGUUUCUCGGCCGAUUCCCCCUCCGACGGAUGCCCUUGCUACUGCAUUCACCUUCCUCGAUUUAUCUACCUUUUUGUCGGCUAUCUUCUCUACUUCCCUAGCCGAGGUACUGAAGACGACACCAAGAACCACCCUCCUCAUUCCCGAUAACUCUGCCUUCAAGCGCCUGGGGAUGCUAGUCAGUGCCUACUUCCUCCUCCCUUCGGCCAAGGCAGAUCUAGAGAAAGUUAUUUUGCAUCAUACCCUAGACGGCGUAGAAUACGCCGAAUCUCUACACAACGGAUCACAGCGCACAUUUGCCUCUCUCGAGGGCAGUGACAUUACUCUCCAACGCCACGCAAUCAACGACUCGAUGUUGAUCACUGCCAGUGGUGGUUGGACGGGCAUGCGUUCCGAAUUGGUCACUAAGAACAUCCUCACGCAAUCCGGAGUUAUACACGAACUCACAGACAUUCUUAUUCCUCGGUCCGUUGACUUGACUAUUGGGAAGUUACUCAAGGCAGCCAAGGUCACGACAAUGACCACUCUCGUCAACAAAGCGGGGCUGGACUGGGUCUUGAACGGCACCGCCCCUCCAGAGGAUUCCCCGUGGGCUGACUUGGGCGCUGUUGGUUGGACAUUCCUUUGUCCAACGGAUGACGCAUUCAAAGGUCACAAUGUCACCGAGCUGACGAAGGACGAAGAUCUUCUUCGAAGCGUUGUCGCCCAACAUCUCAUUCCCAUGCCGAGUAAACAACGCUUCGAUGCCCACGAUGACCUAAAUAACAAUCGACCAUUGGUCAUGGACGACUCCGUGACAUAUUCUACGUUGCAAUCGCCCAAUGCUGCCUACGGAGAUGUCGUCUUCAGACAGCAAGAAGAUGGGGCAUACGUCGUCGGUAUCAAAGGUGCACGCGGUACAGAAGGUCGCGACGAUUACGGUCGCGUGCUUGCAUGGGGCCGGUCAACUAUUGGAAGUGGUACCGGCGGCGUGAUUUUGAUCGACUCGCUCAUUGAACCAUAUCAACCUUCAUGGUGGUUUGAGAUUGGCGCACCCGUUGGUGUGGGUGUCUUCGGCGUCGGGCUUAUCUGCUUGUUCUUCUUCGGGGUUCGCGCUGUAUGGAGAAGAGAUACAACAGAAGCUACCUAUGAGCCUAGCAGCGAGGCACCAGCGGCGGAAGAGUUCAGUGGAAACGCGACAACAGAGUCUGUCAAGGCUUUUAUCGCGGGUGGUUUUGGCGGUGUCUCUGCCGUUCUCGUUGGUCAUCCGUUCGACUUGACAAAGACUCGGCUGCAAACGGCAGCGCCUGGGGCAUACACUGGUGCCGUUGAUGUUGUGAAGCAGAUUCUGGCGCGGGAUGGCGUCCGAGGGAUGUACCGGGGGAUGGUGCCUCCAUUGCUAGGAGUUACACCAAUCUUCGCACUGUCGUUUUGGGCGUAUGAUGCAUCAAAGAAACUCAUACUAUCAGCUACACCUAAUCGCAAGAGCGACGUUUUGUCGACAGGGGAGCUUGCAGCAGCCGGAUUCAUGUCAGCCGUGCCAACGACAUUAGUUACUGCUCCUGUCGAGCGGGCCAAGGUUCUACUCCAGAUCCAAGGACAAGGAGGAUCGGGGCGCCAGUAUACCGGCGUGUUGGACGUUAUGAAGCAUUUAUAUAAAGAAGGCGGGAUGCGGAGUAUCUUCCGUGGUUCAUUUGCCACGCUAGCUAGGGAUGGGCCAGGCAGUGCUGCCUAUUUCGCGGCCUACGAAGUAACCAAGAAGGCCUUGACGCCAGCAGGUGCGACACCGGCUGACCUGAACCUCGGCGCCAUCAUAUUUGCUGGUGGAACUGCAGGUGUAGCCAUGUGGGCCAUCGCCAUACCCCCUGAUGUGCUGAAAUCCCGCCUUCAAUCCGCCCCUACGGGUACCUACUCGGGUUUCAUGGAUUGUGCACGCAAGACGAUCGCUCAGGACGGCGUUGCCGCGUUGUGGAAAGGCUUUGGCCCUGCCAUGGGCAGAGCAUUCCCAGCCAAUGCAGCUACUUUCCUUGGCGUGGAGGCAUCUCGGAAGCUCCUGGAUUCGCUAUUCUAA